CGGUCAGUCUGCUUCAGGAAGGGGGAGAGGAAAGGUUGCAGCGUGAGCUCCUUCGUUACCAUGGCAACCUGAAGCUUUCUGGAGGAAAAAACGGCAGAUUUAUUUAUAACAUUUUGAUAACCUCUGAUAAGAUGGUGAUUUUACAAAUCUGCGGAGAAACGCGUCGAAAGUAAGAGAUAGUGAGCAAGAGAGAAAUGGAGGAUACGCCUCAUCAUAUCCUAGUAAAAAGGGACUAUUGCCCUAACACCUUCGACCCCCUUGGCUAUAUCGCCUUCCUCAUGAUCGGCUUCCAACUGACUCUCAACAUCGUGAACGUCGCAAUCAACAACAACAAUAACAACAACAACAAUAAUAAUAACAACGACAACAAUAACAACAACAACAACAACAAUAACCAGAGAUCCUUCGCACCCCCCACGGCCCAUACAGACUUCAUCCGCAAAGCCUUGGAAAAAUUCGAACCCAGAGCGAAGCCGAGACGCAAGUGUAGCUGCAGCAAGAUGAAACGGGGGGCGCAGACACUGAGGAAGAUGCUGCAGUGCCUCUCCAACAGCUGGCACAACCGGGAGUGCCUCGGUCGGGUUGGCUGCGAGGCGGGGAGAGUCGCCUGGGAGCACCUGCUUGUGACGGGGAGGAGGUUGGCAGGAGGCGGAAAGCGCGUGAGGAGACUGGUGGACCUAGGGCUGAGGUCUAUUUCUCGUCAGGUCGUGGGUGACGACUGUUCAGCUCAGUUCCCUGGCUGUCCCUCCCCUCCGUGACGUACUUUGGUGUACUUGUGUCUGCUAAUCUUCGGUGUCAUUGUGUUAUUUGAUGUGUAAGACAAUAUAAUACAUAGUGGUUUUUGUGGUAUGGUUAAGCCUAACUGUAUGUAAUGCUAUGGGUAUUCUUUGUAAAAAUGUUGGUGGUUUUGAUGAGUAUAUUUGGACCAAAGUAAUUAUAUCUUUGCCGUAAGAUUCGUCGAGUGAACAGCACGGCAUAAGACAAGAGAAUGGAUAUUGACAAACUGUUCGUAAUGAAAGGAGAUGGUAUAAGUUGUACAUAACGUAACGUAAAAUUAUUCUGGGUUGAGAAUCCUAUGUGAUAGUUUAUAAUGCGAUAUCGGAAUCUAUUCAUGGUAACGUCACUACUAAAAAUAAAAACUAAAAAUAAAAUAUAAAUCUGUUUAUGACAACCCAGGAAAAGGAAGAUAUGAACAGCAUAUCACCAUUUACUCUAAUACCAAAAGCAUAUCGAUAAAAUAGGAAUGAAAUAGCUGAUCGCAGCUAGCUCUCCUCGUCAGGCAUGCACCGUUACCGUGGUCCAUCCCGCCCCGCACACGCCGCUGCCUCACCGCUAUUCGCUCCUCGUCAGGCGUCGUCAGUCUGUGUGUGUUGGCUGUGGUCGGCGCUGCUGACGCCCUCUCUCCCAGCAAAGACUCCGCGCUGCUUUGAAAUCGUCUGUCGCCAUUGCUAAGUAUCAGUCAUGCGAGAAGUAUAUUUGAAUUCCACGGUGGAGUUUCAUGGCAGAUCAUCGAGCUGUCAGAAGCAAAGCAGCUUUUCCUAUUUCGGCUUCAUGAACAUGAUGCUCAUCAUGCUUGAGGUGGCUAUAAACAUAAUCAAUCUAAAUAACAACAACGAUGACAACAAUAACAAUAAUAACAAUAAUAACAAUAAUAAUAACAAUGUCAACGGAAGAAACAUUCGAGGAUUGCGUGGACCACACGAGGAACUUCGCGCAUUUCAGACGUUGGCAAAAAGCGUCCGAAAAUACGAUGAAACGCCCCCUGCCGACGAAGCGACAGAUGAUGCAGUCGAAGGCGAAGGUGCAGAAGCAGACCGCGCAACGAAGAGCGAAGGGAGGCAUUCCCGAAGGCAGCGAGGAGUCCAAAGGCGGUCGUUACCCAGAAUGAAGGCAGCGCCACAUCACGGGUGUCUGUGCUCAACGCAUGGCGAGGAAAAUGACCCAGACACCGAGGACUUUCCCAAGGACCUUCUGCUGGAGGAUCACGACCCUUGGAGCCUCCUGUCGACCAUAGACGGAGGGCGGACGGGAGCGGAGGGGCGCCUCGGUGUUGGCGCGUCGGUAAAUGCUAUGGCCGGAUGGAUAGGCCGGUUAAUGACGUCACAGCACUGCCUCGCUUGGCUUCAGUGCGAAAUCCGCGGCCUCAUUGGAGCAAAUCUAUCUCUUUACAGGCAUCUCAGCCAAAGUGACGGUGAUGAUGAUGGAAACGACGAAAAUGUCAUCAAAACAUGCAUACAAAGGCACCCUAAAUGUCCCUUACUCAUGCCUUUACACAGCGAUGGAUCCCAGGGUGUCUUGGUAAUAAAUAAGAAUGAUGUAUAAUUCAUGAUAAAGAAAAAAUAAAGACACAUUCUAUAUGUCAUGAUAUUCAUGUGUAUUUGUGUGUAUCUAAGUCAUAA